CGCUGCCGGUGUGUGAGGCCGCGCCUCCAACAACCAUCUUGCCGCUCGGUCCAUAAUCGUUGGCGCAGCCGGCCGGAGAGCGGGAGUUGGCGGCGCGAGCGCGAGGUUUAGCAACAUGCAACCUCAUGAUGCGCUGCACCUCAGUGAAUGGCAGAAGCAUUAUUUCAAUAUAAUAUCCAGUCACUGCACCCCUGGAGUGAAAGCAGAUGCUUAUCGCGGGCAUCUGUUGCAGUUACAGUAUGCAUGGGCAAAUGAUGACAUCUCGGAGCAAUGUGCUGCCAGCUUAUUUAGAAGAUGUACUGAAAAAUAUGCAGCUGUUAUUGACUCAGACAAUGCAGAAAUUGGGUUGAAUAAUUAUGCUGACAGUGCACUGAGUUUAUCAAGAUGUCAGAAAAAUGACUGCAGUCGGUGGCAGUCGUCUUUGACGAUAGACAAUGUUUGCAAAUUAAAAUGUGUGCAGGAGAUGUUUAAGUCCAGCAAAAAAACAAGAGACCUGCUCGUUUCAGCAGCUGACGUUGCAACAGUGGUCGGGAAACCUAAUCACAAAGCAAAUUCGGACCAUAUGAAAAUGGGAACUAGAUCUUCCAGUGAUGCAGAAUGUUCAGCAUCUCAACAUUUUAUUUCGUCCUUUGAAAUUCCUCCCCAAAAUAUUGUCGGAAACAAUUUUUCAGACAUUUCAUCCACAGUUACAGCCGUUACAGGUGUGAAAAUGGUGCAAAAUCCAUUGAUUGCUAAUCCAGAGAAUGAUGAGAUGCAUGGUCUGGGUUCUUCAAAUUCAUCUGCAUUGGGACCUUAUAAAAAUAUUCAUGAUGGCCCCCUGCUGAAAUUAAGCAAAGCGGCAAGUUAUUCUGGACCUCAGGCAAAUCAGAGAGGCACUGUUUCUGGACAGUGCUUGGCCCUUGAUAGCAAAUCACUCCUUGUUCCCUCGAGUAAUACAUCAAAAAGGAAAUCUUCCUCCUUAUUUGAAGAUGGACGCAGCGAUUCAUAUAAUUACAUGUCUUAUGGACACUUUCAAAACCAAAGUUGGACUAAUACCAAUCAAAAAGGUUUUGACAGCAUGACAAAAAGUAUGAAAAGUGAUGGAUGUGUCAUUGAUGACAGUUGUAUGGUUAGUUUUAAAACUGCUAAGGACCAAUUACAAAUGGAACAACUGAAAAAAUGUGGUAAUCUACCGCAGCGACCACCAGCGACAGUGUCAACAGCAAUGGCAUACAACACUUCAAAGAAAUCACUAGGAACGGCCAGGUCUCGAAGUUUAUUUGGAAAAUUUGUUUCUCCAGUCUCAAAACAGGAUAAUGGCGAUGAAAAUGGUGGGAUGUCUUUGCCUCAUGGAAACAGUUCUUUUGAUCCGUCCCAACCUGUGGAUGACAGUUUGAAGAAUCUUGAUCCAAAGAUGAUUCAGUUAAUUAUGAGUGAGAUCAUGGACCAUGGUCCCCCAGUGAACUGGGAUGAUAUAGCUGGACUGGAAUUUGCUAAAGCAACCAUUAAGGAAAUAGUUGUUUGGCCAAUGCUUAGACCAGAUAUCUUUACAGGGCUCCGUGGACCACCCAAGGGAAUCCUUUUAUUUGGUCCCCCUGGAACAGGUAAAACUCUAAUUGGUAAAUGCAUUGCAUGUCAAUCCGGAGCUACUUUCUUCAGCAUCAGUGCUUCCUCACUGACGUCUAAGUGGGUUGGUGAGGGUGAAAAAAUGGUACGUGCAAUGUUUGCUGUAGCACACUGCCACCAACCUGCAGUCAUCUUCAUUGAUGAGAUUGACUCUCUCUUAUCUCAACGAGUCGAUGGAGAGCACGAUUCUUCUCGUAGAAUAAAAACUGAGUUUUUGGUACAGUUGGACGGUGCUGCUACGUCUGCAGAAGAUCGAAUUUUAGUAGUAGGAGCCACAAACCGCCCCCAGGAAAUAGAUGAAGCAGCUCGUAGGCGUCUGGUCAAAAGACUGUACAUACCUUUGCCUGAAGGAUCAGCAAGGAAGCAUAUAGUAGUGAACCUGAUGUCCUGUGAAAACUGUUCUCUGAGUCAGGAGGAAUUAGAGGUAAUCAUUGAACAGUCGGAGGGAUUUUCAGGGGCUGACAUGACUCAGCUGUGUCGGGAGGCAGCCUUGGGGCCAAUUCGCAGCAUUCAGAUAGCAGACAUCUCCACCAUCACACCAGAUCAAGUUCGGCCUAUUGCCUUCAUAGACUUUAAAAAUGCUUUUGCAAAUGUUAAGCCAAGUGUCUCUCCAAAAGAUCUGGAACUGUAUGAAGAAUGGAACAAAACGUUUGGUUGUGGACGAUGACCAUGGCAAAACCGUUUUAGAUUGUAGGAGCACUUCAAAGUUCAUUUUUGAGAAAUGCUUAUAUUGAUAUUUGUUUUCCUUUGCAUAUCCAUUAAAAUUGACUUUUACAAUUUAAA